AUAUUAUUUGUACAAUCCGAUUGGCUACUGCGUUAGCCAGCCCAGUUCACAUAGCCUACUCUGUAAAAAAUGUGUGACGUUACAUGCAGCUGCAUCAGGAAAAGUGAAAACCAAUGAGAUAGCGCGGUUACGUCAGCAAGUUGCAUCACCCAGUUACGUCUUCAAACAGAAAGUGAAAGGGACUUCCCAUUUCUUCUCAUUUCAAACGUCAGCGCUGGGAAACUCUGUACUGUAUUUUAAGAGUCGAUGCUCUGCCUGCGAGAGGCUCGCUCGGUACAGCAUAAUAAGCAAUGAGUCUCUGACCCUGCUUAGGCAAAUGGGUGCACACGAUCCUCCAGGAAGGGUGCCAUUUCCCUGGAACCUAUACCACCAGAUUGACAACGAUAAGGCAGAGGACCAGGUGAGGUUUCUUACCCUGACCUUGGAUCAUAUCAUAGACCUCAUGGAUGCAAAGGAACACAUGAAUUCAGUAAAAUGGAACCCAAGGACUGUAGAUAAUUUUCUAAGUGUCCUGCACAGGCAGUCGUCUGACCUCAAAGAAUGUGUGGCUCAAUACCAAAAAUCAAUACAUAAGAAGUCUUAUGAGAAACGAUUAAAAAAGCACUUCAAGGUUUUGAAGAAAACUCUAAAGAAAAAGGAAUUCAGUGCUCAGGCAUGGGGGCAGAUCUGGAAAGCUGUGGAAAAUCACCUUAAGAGGAUGGACAUCAUUGCAAGCAAUGCUAAGAAGCACCUGAGACAUUAACAGAACUUCAGUCCUGAUGAUCAGAGUUACAUUCCAUAAAGAGGAAUUGGUGCAAAGAAGAAAAAAGUCUAAGACUGCUGUAAAAACUAAAGAAAUAUGAAUUUUCUGUGAUUUAUUUAUUCACUUACACUUCUGUAUUACAUUUCAUUUUAGAUGUUUAAUGAAGUUUUGUCCUUGUAUUUAUUUUCUGAUGAAAACUUGAAAUGAUCAAAAAACCAAGCUAAUUAUGUUUCUCAAACAUACAAAAUGGGUAAACUGAAACUUAUUUUUUAUAUGGAUUGGUGGAAGAUGUAUUAUUUUUUAUAAAGUUGUAGUUGUAAUGUACAUGCAUUUUGUGAUUACCUGAUAUUUAGGUCUUAUUAUUUUUAUUAUAUAAUUGUAUUUAUUUAAAUUUUAUUUAUGUGUAGGAUUUUUAUAUCCUAGAAUAUUUAUUAGAUUCAUAUUUAUUAUUUAAAGUUACUUUUUUGUAAUGCUCUUAAUGACUCAAAAUGUUUUUAUACUAUUUAUAAAAUGACAAAAUAAAAAAUGAUUUAUUAAAACUGACUUAAUGAGUAACAUGUUUUCUUUAAUCUUUAAAAGUUUGAUAUGUGCUUUGAAAAUGUUAUUGUCAAACUGUUCCCCCACACCCGACAUUUCAUAUAACACUACUACAUGUUCCUUAUUUUGUUAUCCUCACAUGACUUAUGAAGCAAUGAUAACUUUCAAGCUUGCAAAUAUUAAGUUGUGAAUAAGUUGUGCCAUUUUCCUUGGAUGUGGCAUGGGCUGGGCAAUUACUUAUAUUGUUAUCUAAUAUUUUGCAUGGCCUCCAUUCUUUUUUUAAAAACAUCACUAAUUCUUCUAGACUUUGAAUAAAGAAGUUGACCACAUACAGUUAAAUAUUUUAUUCUCCAUUCUUGAAAAAUAACCUCUUUCAGAUCCUGGAUGGAAAAUUACGUUCUGC